CGGGAAGAAGGGCAGCUAGUCCCGAGGCCUUCUGGGAGUUGUAUUCCCGCGGCUCCUGCCUCGCUGCGGGGCCCAGGGCUGCUUUCCAAGCACCUGUCUGUUUUCGUGGGAGGCAGCGAUCAGUCUGCUCUCCACCGCUCCCCUCGGGGCGUUGCAGAGCAGAUACCUCCUGGCAGCCCAACCAGGAACCGGUGGAGAAGGCAAAGGAGACAUGUAAAGCUGUCAUUCAUAUAGCUCUGGAAAGCUUUAUCAGCUCUUGUGGAGACUUUCCCCUGCACACACCACUCAAGGCUGGAGCUGUAGUGUCAAAAAAUGGAGCCUGUAGAUCUCCUGGCAUUUUCCUCUGUAGAAAUGAAUAGUACCACAGUCACCCUGGCAUUCCUGGCGAUCUUCCUGGUCCUGCUCUAUGGAUAUUCCACAUCUGCAUUCUCAAGACUAAGCAAAGUAGGGAUCCGACAUCCUCCACCUCUUCCUUUCAUUGGAAACCUGCUCUUUUUCCGCGAGGGUUUUUGGGAAAACCAUACAAAACUCAUACAGGAGUAUGGACCUGUUUGUGGGUAUUACAUUGGUCGCCAGAUGUUUGUGGUGGUCUCUACACCAGAGAUGAUCAAGCAGAUUUUGGUGACAGACUUCAGUAACUUCACCAACAGAACUAAGCCGAACUUGGUUUCCAAGCCAAUGCUUGACAGCAUCCUUUGUCUUCGUGAUGACAGAUGGAAGUAUGUCCGGAGCAUCCUGACCCCAGCCUUCAGUGACAUCAAGCUGAAAGAGGUGACACCACUAAUAAACCAGGCCUGUGAUGUCCUGCUGUGUAACUUGAAAGUCUAUGCAGAUUCUGGUAAAGCUUUUGAUAUCCAGAGGUGUUACAACUGCUUUACCUUGGAUGUUGUUGGUAGCGUAGCUUUUGGUACUGAGGUGGAUUCUCAGAAGAAUCCUGAUGACCCCUUUGUUAAGAACUGCAGAACAUUCUUUGAAAUGUCUUUGUUUAAGCCUCUCCUCCUUCUGAUCCUUUCUUUCCCAUUCAUAAUGAUCCCAUUGCUCCGGAUUUUGCCAAACAAGAAACAAAAAGAACUGAAUGGCUUUUUCAUCCAAACCAUAAAGAAUGCAAUUGCCUUCAGACAGCAGCAAGAUGCAGCUCAGAGGCGCAGGGAUUUUCUUCAGUGGAUGCUGGACUCCCGCCCCUCAUCUGACUCCCUGGCAGCUGGGUGUUUUGACGUGACCAAUGCAUCGGCCGCUCCUGGACAGAACGAGGCAUCUCUUGCUGGCAGGGCCCCAUCUGAAAAGGUUCAGCAGAUGUUAACAGAGGAUGAGAUAGCAGGCCAGGCUUUCUUGUUCCUGAUUGCUGGUUAUGAGACCACCACUAGUACACUGUCCUUUGCCACCUACUUGCUUGCCACCAACCCAGAGUGCCAGGAGAGGGUGCUUCAGGAGGUUGACGACUUCUCAGCAAAACAUAUGGUUCCUGAUUACCAGAACGUACAAGAACUCCCUUACCUGGACAUGGUGAUUGCAGAGACAUUGCGCAUGUACCCACCCGCAUUCAGGUUUACUCGGGAAGCAGCUAAAGACUCUCUUGUGCUGGGACAACAUAUUCCAGCUGGGGCUGUCAUUGAAGUUGCUGUUGGACAUCUCCACCACAAUCCUGAGUUCUGGCCAGAACCUGAGAAAUUCAUUCCUGAGAGGUUUACAGAGGAGGCCAGGAAGGAACAACACCCCUUUGCAUACCUGCCCUUUGGGGCAGGACCCCGUGGCUGCAUUGGCAUGAAAAUGGGUUUGCUUGAGACAAAAAUUACUCUGCUGAGGAUUUUGCAGAAGUUUCAAUUUAAGACCUGUCCAGAGACCGAGAUUCCUUUGCAGCUGAAAUCAAAAGCCACACUUGGACCAAAAAAUGGAGUCUAUAUUAUGCUAGAAUCUCGCCAAAAGAAAAAUACACAUCCUGAAGCCUCCUGGGAUCAGACCCUUUAUUGAGUGGUUCACUGGGUGUAGUUGUAUUUCAAAAUCUCAAAGAGAAGUAGGAGCUUAAAUCUCAGUGAUAGUCAGUAGAUGCUACUUCACUGUCCUCCUCUGAGAGAGCCUCCAUCAACUUUUUCAAAGAAGAUGUGGGCUCCACAAUCCUUUUGGUGUUUUUGAAAUUGCUGUGAAUGGUAUCUGUAAAGAAGCAUCCCACUUUGACUUGCUUUUCUACAUUACACUUUCUUUCACUCAUCUCUGAGAAUGCAUUCUUCAUGCUCAAGUUCAAUAAAUAGAGCAGGUGUUAAGCAUGCUUUCACUUUACAAUAGAUUUUAAUUAGAAUUCAUUAUCUCACACAUCCUUCUCAUGCACUUGUAAGUCCACACUCUAGAAAAUGCCCAGGAAGCACUACAGUAAUAGCAAAAAGCCUAGGAUCCAAGGAUUUUACCAUGAACUCUGCUUAAAAAAUAGCUGAGUCACCUGCACAAUGCUUAAUCUCCCUCUGUAAAGUUUAAGGAGUUUCACCUUCAUGCUUUUCAAGUAGUCUGAAGUACACUGAAGGGCAAAAAAGCUGUGUUGAGAGACAGGUACUCUAGCCUCCUAGGAACACACAUUUGCAAGAAAAAAACAAGACAUAAGGCUGACAGCAUCUCUCCAAGAGUAACUGGUACUGUGAUGUUAAGCACAAUGUUUGUGCACCCACAUAACACAGUCCAAACUGAUCCUAAGCAGAGCUGGUUUUAGGAUUCAUAGAACUAUCAAAAAAACCCAAACAAAACCCCACCCAAAACCCAAACCAAAACUGUGUUGCAAAACAUAACUGAGAUCUAUAAGUUAUAUGGUGACAUAUAUAUAAGAUAUAUGGUGACUACUAGCAUUUCUGGUACAGCAUGCUUCAGUCAAUAGCAUUUGAGUCUAGGGAGGAACAAGGGGGCUGAUUUAAAAUAAUUCCCUCAAAAACAUCGUGUGUUGUCUUGCAUUGCUGAGCUGUAGGUUUGUUUAAAUCCAGGCAUGUCUGUUUUACAAGAGGGUUUCAGUCAUUCUCCAACAGCCAAUAUGAAGCAGAGGCUGCUUGGUAAAGCUUCUAUUAAAAAUCAUUUUCUGGGGCUGUGCAGUGAUCACAGCAAGCUGUCAGUAUAAAAAGCUAAAAUGGUGCUUUUAAUGAGACUUCUGAUAUAGAAAACCUUCACAGUUUUAUACUUUAUAAAUAGUAUUCCUAGAAAAACAGGGCUGGGUGCUAAAAAUUAUCAUGCUGCACUGAUUGCAGAUUUGAACUAUCGAUUCUUACCUGGCAAUGAGCUGCAGAAAUUUCUCUGCCUGAUACUUUCUGAAAUGAUCACCUUUUUGUUUUCUCUUGUUAAGUGUUUGUCUUGGACACAGCUUCCCCUAAUAUCAGACACUUCUGUAUAUUUACAGAAAUAAACACAUUUUAAAAAAUUAAA